AUGUACCUUUGUGUGUGCAUCCUGAAUACUGCAAUCAUUCUUACAAAAGUAUUAUCUACAAGACUGUCAAAAUGUCCCAAAACUGUGGCAUGUUCAGGGCAGUGGAUUGGAGUAAGAGAGAAGUGUUUCUAUUUCUCUGAAGCCACUUGAAAUUGGAUGGCUAGUAAAAGAUUCUGCACUUCACAGGGAUCAUAGCUUGCUCAGAUUGAUACACAAGAGGACAUGUUUGAAGAAAGUGAGACAACCAAUGGAAGAAGUAAAACAGAGCAAAGAAAAGGGGACUUGGACUCCAGGGACACAGGGUUUGAAAUCAGUGGGAAUGGAUUUUUUGCUUUUCUGAAUACUGAUGGAGUCCAUAGUUCCAGGGGAUUUCUUGAUAUCAAGUGGAUUUGCAGCAAACCUAAUUUUAAUAGGGCAAAAAACUAG